GCGGCCCCUCCGGCUCGCCGUCGUCUCCCGGCGUGCUGAGCGCUGCGCCGGCCCCUUGUGUGGCGGCGCGAUGGCGGCCCCGUCCCAGGCUUCGGACCUGUUUGAUGAGAUCGUGAUGGCCGAUGACAGGUUUCACGGGGAGGGAUACCAGGAGGGGUACGCCGAGGGCAGCCAGGCAGGGGCUGCUGAGGGGCGGAGGUGCGGCGGCCUGCAUGGCGCCAAGAUCGGCGCUGAGAUUGGCAGCUACCUUGGAUUUGCACUGACCUGGCAGCGUCUGCUCCCAAAAUGUACAGAUGAAAAGAACAGUAAAAAGAUAAGGGCUCUGGAUUCAUUAAUAGGAAUGAUUCAGAAGUUCCCAUAUGAAGACCCCACUUAUGAAAAGCUUCAAGAUGAUCUGGAAAAAAUCAGAGGAAAAUUUAAACAGCUCGUGCCAGGUCAGUCAGAGAGAGCAGAGGUAAUCAAGGUCUGAUUUGAGUGGGCAGCCUUUGGCUUUCAGGUAGGCCUCACCAUAUGACAGACAUUUUAGUUGGGAACGUCGUUCCGUAGCUGUGCCCUAAUCUAUACUUCGAAUAUGACAGGAGUGUAACUUUCUAUUUGUCUUUAAGUGAAUGUGCAGGCUUGGUGUUGUUUCGAGAUGGGUUGCUACACUGAGAUGGGUUCUUUACCUGAAAUGAAAACUAAGUGUUGCAUUUCUUCAAAGAUAUUAUAAAUGAAAAGGUAGCAUAAGCCAUAAGUAAAAUGAGAACAGAGGUGAAAUCCACACAGAUGGAUUCUUUUUUUCAUACAGUGUAAGUGAGAAGACCUCUAGCAGCACUAAAUACAACCUCCACAACCCAGAGAGGGAGAUUGGAAAGGUAAAAACUAUUUUUGGAAUUAAUCUGUGUACUGUAGGUAUUGCUCCCCCAAAACAGGAGCUGUUCAGGGUAGGAAUUGAUCCUCUGCAGAGCGUUGGUUUUUGUUUUCAGGAGUUGGCUGGAAGUGCUGUGUACAGCCUGGACCCCAGAAGCUGUCCCUGUACUGCGGGGUGGUGCUUCUGCAGCAGCAAAGCCCACGCAGAGUUCAGAUGCUGCAUGCAUGCCUUGUUCGUGGUACACUGAGAGCACCCAGUCUUUCUGCCAGCAGUUUUCUCUUUAAGUAAGAGUAUUUGUAAAAACUGUGGCUGGAAAUAUUUGGCAGUUUUUUCGUAUGGCUGUGGAGGUGCUAACGGGAUCACUGAGUAACUGGUUUUCUCAUCAGAUUUCUAAAAAAGCAAAAAAGAGAACUUUCACCUUGCUCCUUGAGCCUAAAGAGCAAAUUCAGAAGUCUAGCAAGCCUUAUGCUAGCAGUGCAAUCCAGUUAACAAAUAUGCAGUCAUUGUUUGAUCUUAAUUUUGUGGGGAACUCAAAAGCUAAAUGGGAAUCAUGUUUGCCAUGCCACUGCAACUACCUAUGUCAGUUAUACUGCUGGGAUCAUAAAAUCACCAUGUUUGUCUGAAAAAGAUACAUUUCCCAUUAAGAGAUGUUGAUGGGAUUCCAUUGAAAUGCCAUCAUUUGUAGUUUUACUACCUUUGUCCCAUUGUAGCUUUUCAGUGACACUACUAGGAAUCUUACCAGAGCAUCCUGCUUGGGUCAUUCCUGUGGCUCUCCUGAAACAGUAGCUCCAAGCUUCUCUUUCUCCUUUAUCUGGAGUUUUCCAUCCCUUUAAAUGCCAGUAUGCUUCCACAUAAGUGGAUUUCCAGUUUCUGCAUUUAAUGGACCCUGCUUAUUCUUUAAUAAAGAAUGUGUGAUGUUAAUAUUCAUAAAAGAUACGAGUUUGCCAGUCUGAAUUCAGCAAUGGAAUUGGUGUUUUUGGAGAUCUUUUGGAUGUUUUCUGUGUGUGCUUCUCCAUCUGAUGUAAUAAAGUAUUUUUCCUUUUAAUGAGCAAGAGCGCAGCCUAGCUGAAUGUGCAUAUUUUUUACAGCCUAUAGUAAAUUGUUUUUCUUGCUACAUUCUUGUCAUCCUGCCCUUUUCAAUGUGAAUAAUACAUUUGAAUUUAGUAGGCUGCAUUCAGAAAUGAUGCUUAAGAGAAAGAAAAUGUAAAUAGCAGAGCUGACAGUCACGACUUAAACCUACUAAAGUAACAGAAUAUCUGAUUUUAUAGUGUAAAACAUCAUAGAAAAGGCAAAAACCACUUAACACGUUCAACAGAAAGCAGGUUGAAAUUUCUCUUUUUUUUUUUUUUUUUUCCCCCCAGCAAAAAGCUGUUUGUCCCAAAUCAGGAUCCUAAGUAUGUCCUCCCUCAAAACAUAUCAGUGAAUGCACUAGGACAGACUGAUUUUGCACUAGACUGUGUGUAACAGUUGUCAGCAGCUUUCACUGUAGCCUCGUUUGCAGUAGUUACUGCAUAGAAAAGGUUGUGACGUGCAGUUUAGUCACUGGGAAGCUCAUAAAGCAGAUACCAGACUUGUCAUCCAGGGAGACUUGACAUUUCAGGUGAGUUGAUACUUCUAAUGCAGUAAUUGACAUCACGUUCUCCUCUCAUUCUCCAUAGUCAGUAUAUAGAUAGGAAGUGUGAUUGUUCUCCACAAAGAAUAAUCUGUUGCUGCUGUGCCCAGCUCUUGCAAUUGGCAACACGCAUCCUGUUUUCAGAGAGGCACCUUGGAGAAGGAAUUGGCAAACAGGUAGUAAGUUUUUCUCAUUUUGUAAUCGUACCUCAUUACUGUUGUAUUUCCUUCUCGAGUUCUUUUUUUGUGUAUUUUAGCAGGCUUUUAAUUUUUUCUGUAUUAAUUCCUCAUUAUCUCUGAUACCAGUAACCAGCAAAAGCUCUCUAGGAGGCGGGGGGAAGGAAGAGACUGCUGAUUUUAACUUGGCUGUUUUUAAAACAAACCCUUUCUGUAAAUGCGUUGCCAGGCACAAAACCAUACAGUGAGCAACACUGACAAGCAUAACUGAGUGCCAGUCACCUGCCCACUUCUAAGAACACCUGCUUUCCUGAAGCAGUGAUAAAAAUGUUAGCGUUGCAAUUAUUAAAGCCCAGUCAGAAUGAGAGUGGUGUGGCUCAUUUGUUACAUGACACAGUUACUACCAUUCUGCAUGUGUGAAAGUAAUAAAACGACACAACAAGCAGGCACUGGGUUUUACCAAUUUUAUUUCUAGACUUUAGUGUUGUUUUUUUUUUGUUUGUUUUUUUUUUGUUUUUUUGUUUUUUGCUGGAAACUUGUCUGUUACAGGUCUGUUGGUGAAAAUGUGCAUUUCAGACCAGUGAUGCCAAUAAGUACAAUAUAAAAAUGUACAAAUCUGAAUUGCUUGCUUACUACAGAUUGUUAUAACAACGUGACAAACAAAGCAUCUCUGUUGGCACAUGAACCCACGUAUCUGGAUUUGGCAUUUCAGUACAUACAAUAUGGAAAGAAAUUUGCAGUACACACUGCCACUCAGUGUAACACGUAACAUAACCAACAACCACUAACUCAGUAAUCAUGUUUGGUUCAGAGACACAGAGAUGCCACAAACAGAAGUGUUUUAUGAGGUAAGCAGUAAGAAAUGUUCCUGAAAUUUGGACAGAAUGUAUCCAGUCCUCCUGGGUCCUGCGACUGCUAGUAGCAUUGCAAUGCUCUGUUUAUGCACUUUGUAGGGUCUUAACUGCAUUUGCCUCAAAAGAGUUCUAAUUCUGUUUUGGUUUAGCAGCAUACAGGCAACAGCUAGAUUAUUCUUCAGCAUACAACUCUGUUAGCUGGCUUAUUAAUGAGAUUUACAGGCUUUUUAAAUUAGCAUUAUGCUAUAAUUAACAAAAAAAAAAAAUUAAAAAAAAAAAAAAACAAAACAAAAACUAAAAAAAAAAAAACCAACAAACAACCCUAGUAUAUCAUAACAGAUUAAACACACAAAAUACUUAAGAGUUCCAGAAGAUAACCUAUCACACCAAGUGAUGGAUCCCAACUGACGGGAACCACAUCAGGUGGCAUACAAAAGUUAUAUUAUAAUGCACCUUUCAUAUAUCAAUGUGGCUAAUAACACAGCUUAGAACUACUAUGAUAAUAAACCCCAGAUCAGACAAAGAAUCCAGCUUUAUAAAAUGUGUAACAACAAAAAGCGACAUUACUGAUCUCCUGAAAUGUCUGCUGUCUUUAAAUCAAUGCAACCUAGUUGCAAAUCGCGAGACCCAUUCAGAACAACGUUCGAUGCAUUUCCAUUUGCAGUAGAACUAUGAGGCACUGUGUACGAACAUUAAAACCUGGUCUAGACAUGGUUAACUGAAGUAUGAGGUAUUGUGAAACAGGAACCUUUUUGGAAUAGAGCAGUAAUCACAUUAAGUAAAAAUUGAUCACAUAAAAAAUCUACAAAAAAAAAAAAAAUGAUGUCAAUAAUAUAAUUUUCUAUGAGAAAAUUAAAACCUAUAACAUGGCAGUAUAUGACAUUGUAUAACAAAAAAAAAAAAAAAAAAAAAACUGAUCCACAAAAUAGCAGCAAAACACAAUGACAAAGAUACAGAAAAGCAAUGUUAAUUUUUUUUCAAACCAUGCUGGGAAUUUAUCCAUAGCAGCUCAAUAAAAAUGGAGCAUCCACUCCUCUUCUUUUCUCUUUUUUCUUUUUUCUUUUUUUUUUUUUUAACUUUUUUUCUCCUUUUUUCUUUUUUUUUUUUUCUCUGUUCCUUUUUUUUUUGUUUGUUUUGUAUUGUUUUUACAAUCAACACCUUAGCGGCAGUUUUCUCACAUACAUUUCACCAUCACAUUCUCCUCGAGCAUCAACUUCAACAGCUAUGUCCACGUCCCUUCAGCUACUUCCUAAAAUAAUAAUAAAAAGAUACAUAGCCAAGAUGUGCAAAUUUUCUAUUUGUAGCUAAAUAAAAAAAAAAAAAAUGGGGCAUAUACUGGAAUAAGAACUUCUUUCAAGUACUCCAAUUUUCAUAUCUAUUAACUAUGGCGUUUUUUUUCAUGGUUAGCCUGCUAUUGAAAAUGUCUAAGGGGCCAAAUAGACUGCUUGGUUUUGGGUUUGUUCUCUGAAGCGUGUCCUUUUUCUUUAAUAAGCUGUGUUAAAACUGCGACAUCAAGGGUAGAACGAUUCUUUUUUUCAAAAAGGGGCGAUUGCAUUAUUUUACAAAUCAUACUGGCCUUACGAACAUCCUCUGCAAUAAAUAUUCUUUUUAGCCUUAACUAUAAAUUAUAUAUUUUAGUGUUUAAAAACCUUCAGUUGUAAAACAUCUAGAGACAGUCCUUAAACUAUGCGUCCUAUACGUGAACCUUUAAGGCCCCUAAUUUAUAACCAUGUGUUGGCACCAAAGGAUUUCUAAACUUCAACUUUUCUAUAGAAAAGGAUAGGAAGAUAUCCUGGCAAUUUGUGAAUGCAAUUUCUCUCACUGGAACACAACCUUCGGAAAAAAAAAUCACCUUUCCUCUAACACCAUAGUUAAAUGCACUUGCUUUGCAAUUCUGAGUUUGCGAACAAGCACUUAAUAUAUUUCCAAACCAUUCCAUUAAAAAAAAAAAAAACAAAAAAACAAAAA